AUCUCACGCAACUCAGUGCACCAGAAGCAUCGGUUGGAAGAAAUGUCCGUCCCAAUGGUCAUCCCUCCGCAUCACGCCCAUCCUCGUCGCCAACGCUCCCCAUCCCCGACCUUCAGCUUCUCCUCUCUUUCCUCCUCCCCUUCUAUCAUCGACACCGCCAUCCACCAAAGUCCCUUCCUCUCCGAACCACAACCACCUAAAACCUGUCCUUUGUGUGAUGAAUCCAUCUACGGUCCCACGUCACCCUCUUCCUCGUACUCCGCUCAAGAUGCCCUCGAAGAACACGUAGAUCUCUGUCGUAUGAGACGUUUACGAUCGCGCUCUCGAGAUUCAGAUGAGGGAGAGUUUGUCCCAGCUGCUAUCUUCACGAUCUCAGGGACAGGAGAUGCGGCUGAAUUUGGGGGCUUCGGUGCACCUUCGUCAUUACUAGAAAGAGGGGAUGAUGAUGUUGAGGGGGAGGAAGGCCCUCUUCGUCGAAUGAUGCCAAGAUUAUUUAACGCGAGAAGGAAGCUACUGUUGGGUCGUGCUGGUUUACGGCGAAGGCAUCCGAAGGAUGUCAAACGAUAAGGUGUUUGAAUGGUAUGCGAUUUAGCUCUGGCAGCACACAACGAGCACAACUUGUCCCGCAAAGCACUUGUGCCUGGCGUUCACUAUGAUCGUGAUGAUUUAUGGCAUUAUGCAGUUGACUGGUUUGAUUGAAUUUCGUCCUUGGACGCAUGCGAUGAAGUACAUACAUAUUGCAAUAAUGAAAAGUCAUGCCCAGCAAAGCGAUAG